GGAUAAAGCUAAUAAUUAUGGAUUACGAGGCCAGAAUUAAAGCUUAUCGGUUUGUAGCAUACUCUACAGUUUCUUUCUCGGUUAUUUCACUGAUCUCGGUUUGCUUCACUCUUCCAAUGCUCAAAAACUACGUUUCUAAUGUAUCAUUGAACAUGGAUAGGGAAUUGACGAUGUGCCAAGGAUCAGCAAAAGACAUUUGGUCAGAGGUUCUUCAAUUGAAGAAUAUCCCCGUUAGUGGUGGGAAUCGUACAGCACGUCAAGCUGGUUAUGGUGGUGGUGAAGCACCAGUUACUGGAGGAUCUGCUUCUUCUGGCGGCGGUCAAUGCAGCGAUUGUUGUUCCGGGGGAGGACCAGGCCCAGCAGGUCCCCCCGGUCCACCGGGAAGGUCAGGAAACCCAGGAGCACCCGGAUCACCUGGACAGCCUGGAAAGUCUCAACAAGCACCUUGUCAACAAGUCACAACUCCACCAUGCAAACCUUGCCCAGGAGGCCAACCAGGCCAGCCAGGACCCCCCGGACCACCUGGCCAGCCGGGAGGCCCAGGACAACCUGGACAACCAGGAGGACAAGCCUCUCCCGGAGAACCUGGACCCGCAGGACCCCCUGGAUCGCCUGGAGCACCAGGUCAACCUGGCGGCCCUGGACAACCUGGAGCACCUGCACAGUCUCAAGAAGCUGGACCUGCACCUCCUGGUCCACCAGGAGACGCUGGAGCACCUGGACAACCUGGAAAUCCAGGUCCAGCUGGACAACCUGGAGGUCCUGGAGGACCUGGACCAAAAGGACCACCAGGCCCACCCGGCCAACCUGGAAAUGACGGAGCUCCUGGUCAGCCUGGAACACCUGGAUCACCCGGAGGGGCAGGAGAGAAGGGUAUCUGCCCCAAAUAUUGCGCCAUCGACGGUGGAGUCUUCUUUGAAGAUGGAACUCGAAGACGUUAA